AUGGCGAACCAUGUACACGAUAGAUACACUACAACGAGUCGAGAAACUUAUCGCCAUCCGAAAUCCGUACCGGCAUAUCUAUACUACACUCCUGAACGUCCUCAGAAUUUUGGCAAAACUUACGAACAUGGCGAAGGAACAACGAAAUGGUUUCACGACUAUCGUCGCUCACAAGUAGCUGAAAAAGUCCUUAAAGAAAACUUGGUAGGAAUGGAGGUUCGUCCUACUUGGCUAAGCGAUAGACCCGACAGGGUCUUAGGGGCUCGUUGCGCUACAAGGGACGAGCUGUUGAAUAGACCUGAUUAUAAAAUGUUUAACAGACUGCCCGACAGAGAGCGAGAUUUGAAAGAAUUCGUCAAGACUAAAGAAGAGCAUAGAGAAAAUUACAAAGAUAUAACAGGCACCACUCAUAAAGUAGACUUGUUUCAUUAUCCUACAGAAGCCAAAGAACAGUUUGUAGAUAGGGGGUCUAAAUCUACGACGAGGAUAGGGGACUACCCGAACGCCCAUAAAGCAGCGCUUGAGCAUACCUGGGAAACCGAGAGAGGACCUAAACAUUACGAACUAUAUCGCGGGACAUCCGAUUUUAACUAUCACAAGAAAAUACCAGAAAUUUAG